ACUCUAAGCACUCUGACCAUACAGCACAAAUAUACUAGAGGCUAGGUCUUACCAGGUUAGCCUGGGACAUGAGUUAUAGAUAUAGACACGCUGGUGGGGUUAACCAGGUUAACUAGGGACAUGAGUUAUAAAUAUAGACACGCUGGUGGGUUAACCAGGUUAACUAGGGACAUGAGUUAUAAAUAUAGACACACUGGUGGGUUAACCAGGUUAACUAGGGACAUGAGUUAUAAAUAUAGACACACUGGUGGGUUAACCAGGUUAACCAGGGACAUGAGUUAUACAUAUAGACACACUGGUGGGUUAACCAGGUUAACUAGGGACAUGAGUUAUAAAUAUAGACACACUGGUGGGUUAACUAGGGACAUGAGUUAUAAAUAUAGACACACUGGUGGGUUAACCAGGUUAACUAGGGACAUGAGUUAUAUAUAUAGACACACUGGUGGGUUAACCAGGUUAACCAGGGACAUGAGUUAUAAAUAUAGACACGCUGGUGGGUUAACCAGGUUAACUAGGGACAUGAGUUAUAAAUAUAGACACGCUGGUGGGUUAACCAGGUUAACUAGGGACAUGAGGUAUAGAUAUAGACAAGCUGGUGGGUUAACCAGGUUAACCAGGGACAUGAGGUAUAGAUAUAGACAAGCUGGUGGGUUAACCAGGUUAACCAGGGACAUGAGGUAUAGAUAUAGACAAGCUGGUGGGUUAACCAGGUUAACCAGGGACAUGAGUUAUAAAUAUAGACACACUGGUGGGUUAACCAGGUUAACCAGGGACAUGAGUUAUAAAUAUAGACAAGCUGGUGGGUUAACCAGGUUAACUAGGGACAUUAAUUAUAAAUAUAGACACGCUGGUGGGUUAACCAGGUUAACCAGGGACAUGAGUUAUAGAUAUAGACACGCUGGUGGGUUAACCAGGUUAACCAGGGACAUGAGUUAUAGAUAUAGACACGCUGGUGGGUUAACCAGGGACAUGAGUAAUAGAUAUAGACACACUGGUGGGUUAACCAGGUUAACCAGGGACAUGAGUUAUAGAUAUAGACACGCUGGUGGGUUAACCACGUUAACCAGGGACAUGAAUUAUAAAUAUAGACACGCUGGUGGGUUAACCAGGUUAACAAGGGACAUGAGUUAUAGAUAUAGACACGCUGGUGGGUUAAACAGGUUAACCAGGGACAUGAGUUAUAGAUAUAGACACGCUGGUGGGUUAACCAGGGACAUGAGUAAUAGAUAUAGACACACUGGUGGGUUAACCAGGUUAACCAGGGACAUGAGUUAUAGAUAUAGACACACUGGUGGGUUAACCAGGGACAUGAGUUAUACAUAUAGACACACUGGUAGGUUAACUAGGGACAUGAGUUAUAGAUAUAGACACACUGGUGGGUUAAUCAGGUUAACCAGGGACAUGAGUUAUAAAUAUAGACACACUGGUGGGUUAACCAGGUUAACCAGGGACAUGAGUUAUAAAUAUAGACAAGCUGGUGGGUUAACCAGGUUAACUAGGGACAUGAGUUAUAGAUAUAGACACGCUGGUGGGUUAACUAGGGACAUGAGGUAUAGAUAUAGACACGCUGGUGGGUUAACCAGGUUAACCAGGGACAUGAGUUAUAGAUAUAGACACGCUGGUGGGUUAACCAGGUUAACCAGGGACAUGAAUUAUAGAUAUAGACACGCUGGUGGGUUAACCAGGUUAACCAGGGACAUGAAUUAUAAAUAUAGACACGCUGGUGGGUUAACCAGGUUAACCAGGGACAUGAGUUAUAGAUAUAGACACGCUGGUGGGUUAACCAGGUUAACCAGGGACAUGAGUUAUAGAUAUAGACACGCUGGUGGGUUAACCAGGGACAUGAGUUAUAGAUAUAGACACACUGGUGGGUUAACCAGGUUAACCAGGGACAUGAGUUAUAGAUAUAGACACACUGGUGGGUUAACCAGGGACAUGAGUUAUACAUAUAGACACACUGGUGGGUUAACUAGGGACAUGAGUUAUAGAUAUAGACACACUGGUGGGUUAACCAGGUUAACUAGGGACAUGAGUUAUAAAUAUAGACAAGCUGGUGGGUUAACCAGGUUAACCAGGGACAUGAGUUAUAGAUAUAGACACGCUGGUGGGUUAACCAGGUUAACCAGGGACAUGAGUUAUAGAUAUAGACACGCUGGUGGGUUAACCAGGUACAUGAGUUAUAGAUAUACAUGUAGACAAGCUCACACACCAGCUGCUCUAAAGGGCCCACUCCUCAUGGGUUCAUAGUUUGACUUUUGACCUUUGUCUCUUCCUCAAUAAGACACAGCAUCCAGGUCCUGGUCUGAACCCAUGGAUACUAGUGGCUGCUGGGUUGGGUCCUGGUCUGAACCCACGGAUACUAGUGGCUGCUGGGUUGGGUCCUGGUCUGAACCCACGGAUACUAGUGGCUGCUGGGUUAGAACUGGCUUGCUACUCCCACAGGAUAUCCUUUAGCUUGAGUUAUACACAAAUCCAGUGCAUUCGGAAAGUAUUCAGACCCCUUGACUUUUUCCAAAGUUUGUGACGUUUACAGCCUUAUUCCAAAAUUGAUAAAAAUAGGUUUUUUUCUUCAUC